AUGUCGCCCAAGCCACAGCAGUCCGAAGGCACAGACUCGACCAAAGUGCUCGGGAACACCGACAAGCCAAAAAUGGACCUUUUUGAGCGCAAGUGGGCGGAUGGGCUGCAAAUAAGCCUCCGAACCCAAAGACCGCCGGCUAGUACCGGAUCGAUUGCCAUCUUUGAUCCGCUCGGCACGCCAUAUCUUGUCCAAGAUGAAGCGCCAGCGUGCUCGGUGGAGCACCUGUUUCAAGACGACGCUCCCAUUGCUGACAAACCGAGUGGUGGUAAACCAGACAAAUCGACCAUGACAGGAACACUGUUGGAGACCUAG